GACGUCGUCGCGUACGUUGUCGAAAAGCGUGCGCCACAUUUACGUAUCCGCAUUUUAACACGCCGUUGCAGUCGCGGACCGAGCGGAGCUGACGCGCAACAAUUUUUUACAACACUUUCAACGAGUGCGGAGUGUACGGCAACGGUACAUUUUCAUCGCCACGGACGCUAGGCCCGUCACCGUCGUCCGUUUCCGGUCGCCGUCGCCGAAAUAAUGUUAGCGACCGCCAAGCGCGCAACGAUUGUUGCCUUGUUGUUGGUGUGCUGUUACUACGAUCAAGCGGCCACCGCCCGUCACGAUCAUGUGCGGACGAAGAGCGGCUCGACGAACGUGCAUAGGACCAAACACCUGACAUCUGGCAUGCCCCCGGUAACCGUGGUUUCCAGCUCUGUGAAUAUGACCAACGGAGGAUCGUCAGACGUUGACGCAGACGCCAUAGCGUCGGAAGAGAACCCUAACGGCGGCAAGCUGAGCGAUUUCCUGUUCGGCAGACCAAACAAAAUCUUCAAGAACCUCAUGCGAUCCGGCGUCAGAGUUGUUCAGCGUGGCAUGGACGUCUUCCAGGGGGUGUCAAACAAGGUGUAUCGCGUGGCCCGGAAGAAGAUCAGCGGCUCGAGCACCGGAAGCUCAUCGCUGUCGUCCAGCAAGUCAGACGAAAACGGCGGCAACGUCGGCGGCCGGCAACCAGUCAAGCGACAUGUGAAGGCUGCGCCGAAAAAGCCUACCGGCUUCGUCAGGUCGGUGGCCAGAAUGCUUGACACCGGAAUCACGGGCGUGGAACGGGUUACCGACCUGGGACUUCUGUUGGGCAACUUGGGUACGCACAAGAUCAUGGCCCAGCUGGAUGGUAAGAGCGGCAACCAGGAGAUAUUCAAUUUGAUCAUCAAAUACGUCGGGUCCAGAGUUGGCAAACAAUCCAAAGGCAGUGCAGGUCAGUUCAUCAAUGACGUGGGUACGAUAUCGACUUUUGCAGCCACAGACGACGAAGUCACCAAUUCGAUAUCAUUGAUAAUGGAAAAGUUAAUGAGCAACCCUAAAGUGAGCAAAGCCAUGGUGCGUUUGGCUAUUACAGUUUUGGACUCCAGUCCAUCCACGUCAUGCUUGCUAGACCAAUUGCCGUUAUCGUCACAAGACGUGCGGAUGGUGUUCGAUAUAUUUGUAGGAAGCAACGGACAAAUGAUGUUGAAAACCAUUGCGGGGCUUGUAUCAGACUUGACCACAGGGCCAGACACGAAAGCGUUUUUGGAAUCAGCUUUGGGCAUGAUGUCCAUGUUCAAAAGUGACGAUCCAGAAGCAGACAUUAAGAAUGCGGAUAAACCAGCUACAUCUGUUGUUGGCUCACUGACUGAUUUCUUUACGGGCGGUGACGAUGAGGAAGAAGACGAUAUUGAUGACUAUAACAAGUCUGUACCCCCGCCGACGAACAAUAACAGAAAAAAAGGCAGCAGUGUAAGCGAAACUGUACCGAAACCGUCUAAGAAAAAACUAAAGAAAGACGAUGAUCCUUGGUUCAGUAACACUGAAACCUCGUUCGAUUCGUCAAUGAAAAAACUCGAUUUCGACGAUGAUCCUUGGUUUAGCAGUAGUGGAACUACAUCGAAUCGGCCAACAAAAAAAACGGACACACCCAAGUCCAACAAUGCGUUCGAAAACAGCAGCACCGAUAGUAGCAACAAAAAGGUUGAUAAAAAAAAUCAUAGUAAAACGAAAGUGGUGAUCGAAAACAUUGAUAACGCGAGUUUCAGAGACGACAAUAAACACAAAAAUUCCAAGCCGAUAAAAGUAAAGAAAAAUAGAAAAACCUUCGUCAAAAAGCCAAGUUUACGUGACGACUUCGAUAGCGAGGAAAAAGACUAAUGGCAACGACAUCGACACUGGAAAUUUACUACUUAACUCAAAAACAAUUUUAAAGGAAAUUUACUGCUAUACUCAAAAAUCUACUGUUAAAUACAACUUAAAAUAAUGCAAGUAUGUAAUGUACGUUUCA